CAUUAUUUUUUUUUUCUUUUUGUUUUUUAGAUGAAUAUUAAACUUAUUGUGGUGGUUGUUCUUAGCGUGGGGAUAUUGGUUUCAGCCAAACCAGCGAAAAAGGGAAAGGAGGAAGAAAAUGGCGAUGGUAAUGAUGACGACAUGGACCUCCUAGAGCGGUAUAUUGAACUGUGUGAAGGCCUUCAAGAUGGGGAAAUAGAAAACACUGAGGCAGAAUAUGAUGAUGUUUUUACCAAAUUAAACACGACAUGCACCGAUAUAUUAAAAUAUGAAGAGGAAGAAGAGGCCAUUGAAGCACUGGCGAAAGGUGGUAAAAAGGGAGGUAAAAAAGGAGGUAAAAAAGGAGGAAAAGGAGGGAAGAAAAAUAAAGUCAACAAAGCUGUAGUGAUGUUAAUGGGCAUAUGCAUCUCCAUUGAAGUUCAAGAUUACAUGGAUUCUUUUUCAGAUGACACUCCAAGUGAGCUCAUAGAUAUCUAUGUAAAUGAUACCAUUCCAAUAUGCCAAGAAGCAUAUGAGAUUAAGGCAGGUGGCGUUGAAGAUGGUUUUAUUAAUCUUUGUGAAGCUCUUGCUGAAGAAAAAGUUGAAAACACAGACUCUGAAUACACUGCAUGGUUUGACGAGCUCCAGCCUGUAUGUGAAGACAUCUUGGCCGAAGAAGAAGAAGUUGUAGAGAGUGAUUCUGAAGCUGUAGAUCAAUCAAAGCCAAGACAGAAAAAGGGAGGCAAGGGAGGCAAGGGUGGCAAGGGAGGCAAGGGUGGCAAGGGCGGUACGGAAGUGAAUACUGCUCUUGUGUUGUUAUCACAAUCAUGUGUCCAGUUGGACAGAGUGGGAUAUCCAAAUGAAACUUCUGCAGAAUGGAAAAGUAUAUUUGGUACUCUUGAACCCAUUUGUAACACUGUACUCGACGAUGGACCAGAAAAUGGCCUGUCUGAUUUGUGCAACGGUCUAGACUCUGGUGACAUAAAAGAGAACAAGAACAAAAAGUAUAACAGGGCUUUUAAAGCACUAGAGCCAGUAUGUGAAGACCUAUUAGAAGAUGAAGCUGAAGAAGAAGAGGAAAGUGCCGUUGAGGCAAAAGCUAAAAAGGGUGGCGAAAAGGAAGGUAAAAAGGGAGGCAAAAAGGGAGGAAAGGGUGGAAAGAAAAAUAAUGAAGAGGCUGUUAUAAUGCUUAAGGACUACUGUAUGUGGGUGAAUAUGCAAAUGGAAGUAGGGGUAAGUUAAUAUGAAUGCAAUAUU